UGUGUCACCGAUGUGGCCGUAAUCUCCCAUCUCUCCUCGGCUACGGUUGGCUCGCGGGGAGCACGGGACUCCUACUGUCUGUCACGCGGGCAGUUCCAUGCCUGUGCUCGUUCAUGAACCACCCACAUCUGUGUUAGUCUACGGAAAACACUGCCGAUCGAGGAUCAGUCUGUUACCACACAUGCACCGUUUCUCACUGCUGUUAGCUGGAAGAAUACAGGAAUGAUUCAGUGCCAAGAAGGUGAGGUGCAGGAGGAGGUGACUGGGAUGGUAUGUGAAGAGGCUGACCUGAAAGAUGGACAGAUGAAGGAAGUAACUGUCGGUGAUCAGAAGGUGUUGCUUGUCUGCGCCCAGGGUCAGUACAGUGCUGUUGGAAGCCAGUGCUCUCAUUAUAAUGCUCCUCUUGUUAAAGGAGCACUGGUUGGUGACAGAGUGAGAUGUCCCUUUCAUGGUGCUUGCUUUAAUGUCAGAACUGGAGACAUUGAAGAGUAUCCAGGUCUGGACUGUCUGCCUAGUUAUAAGGUAAAAGUUGAGGAGGGCAAGGUGUAUGUUACCAUCAACAAAAAUUCUCUGAAGUUGACGAAGCGGGUGAAGGAGAUGUGCAGCAUGGUACCAGACGUCAAACACACUAUCCUGCUGAUAGGAGGGGGCCCUGCCUCCCUGGUUUGUGCUGAAACGCUGCGGCAGAACUGCUACCAAGGUCGAAUCGUCAUGGUCACCAAAGACAAUCUGCCUCCAUUUGACAAGCCCAAGCUGAGUAAGAUUAUGAAUCUGGACAGCAGCAGCCUCCUCCUGCGGCCAAGUGACUUUUAUCAACAGCAUGGGAUUGAGGUGUGGACACAGAAGGAGGUGCUGUCGGUACACCCAGCUGAUAAGGCGGUGAAGUUGAGCGAUGGCUCUUUGCAGCAUUACGACCAGCUUCUCAUCUCAACGGGCUGUAGAGCGCGGCCGCUCAGCUGUCCUGGCUGGGACCUGAAGGGAGUAAAGUUACUGCAGAGUUAUGAAGAUGCCAAAGAGAUUCACAACUCCUGUCUGGGCCAGAAAACUGUUGUGAUCGGAGCCUCCUUCAUAGGUAUGGAGGUGGCAUCCUACUUAUCAGACAAAGCUGCCAGUGUGGCCUUGGUUGGCACCACCAGAUACCCGUAUGAGCGAUCUCUGGGGCCGGAGAUUGGCAAGAUGAGCAUGCAAAUGUUGGAGGAACAACGUGUAAAGUUCUACAUGAAGGAUGGAGUCGCUGAGAUCAAAGGGGAGAACGGAAAGGUGAAGGGAUUGGUACUGACCAGUGGUAAAGUCCUGGAAGCUGACGUGGUGAUUGCGGGAAUUGGUGUAAUUCCCAAUUCAGACUUCUUGGCAGGAAGCAAGUUGGAAGUGGAUUCAAGGAAAGCUGUGAUUGUUGACAAGUUCAUGAGGACCAAUAUACCAGAUAUCUUUAGUGCUGGAGAUGUUGCUUCUUUCCCUCUGACCAUCUGUGGAGACAAAAGGGUCAACAUUGGUCACUGGCAAAUGUCUCAAGCUCAAGGAAGAGUAGCUGCCUUUAACAUGCUGAAAAAGCCAACCAAAAUCGAGUCUGUGCCUUUCUUCUGGACUGUGUUGCUUGGGAAAAGUAUCAGAUACACAGGCUAUGGGGAAGGACACACAGAAAUCAUAUUCAAAGGCAAAGUGGAAGAAAGGAAGUUCCUGGCGUUUUACAUAAAAGAUGAGGCGGUGGUGGCUGCGGCCAGCCUUAUGUUUGACCCUGCUGUGGCCCGUCUUGCAGAGUUGAUGGCUACUGGGCAGGUCCUAACAAAGGCACAGGCUCAAGCUGAUGACCUGAGCUGGCUGCAGAUGUAACCAGAGGCCUGCUGUAUCCAGGAGUAACACCUCUCAGUGACAAAGGAUGUCGCCUUUACCUUUCUUCUUCUUCCUCUUCUCCAUCAAAUAGUGCCUAGUUUACCUAUGAUUACUCCGUUUACUGCCGUCAGACCUCCGAUCUUACACAGAGCACUGUUACUAUAGCAGCAAGCAAAGCUUUAUUGAAUUUGCACUUUGUGCCCUCGGUCACCUGAUCUAUGUGUCACGAGCAGAGCCUGGAUACGCUGACUGGCAGCAGUUUCACUUUUAUUUAUUUAACUACAGCUGUACUAAAAGUGGGUUGUCUAAACUGUCACAGUGUGUGCUUAAUAUUAGCUACACAAAACACACACAACUCCAUUUGUCUUAGUUAUGAGCAACCUAUUUAAAAUCUAAAAUACAAAGGUUAGUUAAAAUACUGCACUCAAAUACAAUAAUGAACAUGUUGUUAAGAACAGUUUUUUACUUUUUAUAUCAAAACAUGUCUCAUAUUCAGAGUAAUUCUUUAAUUAAUCAUAAUUUUUUUUUACAGCAGAGAUGUAGCUCAUUGUUUACUCUUCAUCAUAUAACUCACAUUCAUGUAUUUAGUGUCUGACUUUAUAAUUCAAAUGAAGAGAAAACAGAAUGCAAGCACUUUGUCGAAUCUUACCUUCCACUACUUGAAAAUGCCGCCUAGUGCUUUGUUAUGCAUAACUGAUGCUCAGGUUUUCAAUCUGUUGAACACAUUGAUUAUCCAUAAUAUAUUUACUGUUGUCUGCCUAUGAGUGCAGUAUGGGGAUGCGUUCUCUGUCAGUGCUAUUUUUCCUGCUACAACAAGUCACUGCUCAUGUGUAGAUAACCUUUGCUGCUUUAUUUCUUGUAGGUUUUGACAGUCGGCCAGUUGCUUUUGAAAUGUUUAUAUAAAAUUUAAUAUGCUUUUGGUGUAGGUGUGUAAAGAAUUUAACAAAUAAAUCAGUGAUUAUUAUGUCUUUAAA